AUGACUAGAAAGCUUCUUCCUGGCAGAUGCUGCGCAGAUGUACUGGAGAGCAAGAAUUUUAUAAGAAAUCGUGGUUCUUUCACUCUAGAGAGUCACAUGUGUGGGCGGAGUGCAAUAGACAACCAGCCUUGGGAUUAUUUGGGCCAUUUCAGUCGAAUUGUUGGAGGAAGUCCAGUUGAAAAAGGAGCAUAUCCAUGGCAGGUGUCUCUGAAACGAAGAGAAAAGCAUUUCUGUGGAGGAACUAUCAUCUCUGCCCAAUGGGUGAUCACAGCUGCUCACUGUGUCAUGCAUAAGGAUAUGAAAACUUUUCUGAAUGUUACAGCAGGAGAACAUGAUUUGAAUCUGGUAGAGCAAGGAGAGCAGAUCCUUUCUGUGGAUAACAUCAUCAGACACCCUUAUUUCACACCCAAAAAACCAAUGAAUUACGACAUUGCCCUCUUGAAGAUGAAUGGCGCAUUCAAGUUUGGCCAGUUUGUUGGGCCCGUGUGUCUUCCCAAACGGGGGGAAACUUUUGAGCCAGGAUUCAUCUGUACCACUGCAGGCUGGGGCCGUCUGGAAGAGAAUGGCCGCCUCCCUCAAGUCUUGCAUCAAGUGGACUUGCCCAUACUGACUAAGAGGAAGUGUGCAGCUAUGCUGUUAACUUUAAAAAGGCCCAUCAAGGGCAAUACGCUUCUCUGUGCUGGCUUUCCAGAUGGUGGAAAGGAUGCAUGUCAGGGUGAUUCAGGGGGCUCCCUGAUGUGCAGGAAUAAGCAUGGGGCCUGGACUCUAGCUGGCGUGACUUCCUGGGGUAUGGGAUGUGCUCGCAGCUGGAGGCACAAUUGUCAGAAAACUGCCAGUUACAGAGGAACUCCCGGGGUUUUUACAGACCUGACUAAAGUGCUUCCCUGGAUUCACAACACUAUUGAAAUGGGGCAAAGGAUGAAAAGCUCUGUGGCCCUGUGCAGUGACCACGAUGGGCAGCUCUCAGGGCCCGAGGGGCAGCUCCGCUUCCCAAGAUAUCCCCAUCAGUUCUAUGGAAGUGAUGAGUUGUGUGUGUGGACCGUGUACGUCAUAGGGCAGAUGCACAUCUGGCUCAAUUUUUCCCACUUGGAUGUGGAAUUUGAGGAGUUCUGUCGCCGGGAUUCCCUGUCUGUAUAUUCAUUAGAAGACAGGCUCAUCGGGAAGUUCUGUGGUGUGGUUGUCCCUUCACCAAUCUUCAUUACCUCCAACUCAGUAAGCCUGAAGUUUGUCUCCGAUGCUACAGAGUAUGGCACUGGAUUUUCACUCACCUACAGAGCUCUUAAACCAAAUCAUUCUCCCGAUUCUGGUUGUGUUGCCUUAACUGUCCUUUUUAAAGAAGGGAUAAUACAAAGUUUACAUUAUCCGGAUGUUUAUACAAAUCUGCUCACUUGUCACUGGAUUAUUCAUGCUCCGGAAGACUGCAUCAUUAAGCUUGAAUUUCAGAACUUCGAGCUUGAAGAAAGUGAUGGCUGCCUCUCUGAUUCAGUGACAGUAUAUGAUGAUGUGGAAGGGAAAGAAGAAAUAGCUCGGUACUGUGGCUUUGCUGUGCCCCAACCUGUACUGAGCUCCUCCAGUGUCAUGCUAAUCAGCUUCCAGGCAGAUGAAAGUCAUGUCUUCAGGGGAUUCCAGGCCUCCUUCUACUUCAUCUUUGAAACAGAUUUAAAUAUCUCAGACACAGAAGAUGAGUUUGAGCUUCCUUCAUCUGGCCAUGGCACAGAUAUAGACCUGGGUGUUGCAGAUGACCAUUGUGGAGCAGCAUCCAAGCCUCCCAGGUUUCUCUUCAGCAGGAUUGUAGGAGGACAGCCAGCAGCAGCCAGAUCUUGGCCUUGGCAAGUCAGCCUGCAGAUUGCUGCAGAACAUCUCUGUGGGGGAACAGUGAUUGGGAAGAGCUGGGUGAUCACAGCUGCCCAUUGUUUUAAUGAUAAGAAGCAGCAUGUACCUGUGUGGAUGGUAAUUGCUGGAAUCCAUGAUCUGACUGAGCGAAACAACCAACAGAUUGAUUGA